AUGGGUUGUCAUAGCACAAAAUUAAAAAAGCAUCCAACAUUUAUUUAAAACAACCACGAACUUGAGAAUGAAUUUACUAUCAGUUGGAGCAAGAAGAAACUCUCCAAAUCGAAAACUCAUAUCGAUCCCAAAUAGGAAAAACAGACUUAUCGUAUCGAUAAAAAUCCAAUACUUCAAAGAAGAUAACAACGGUAGACUCAAUCUGUUGCAUGA